AAGAAAAGAAAAAAAUGCGCGUUGCCAUCAUCGGCGGCGGUCCCUCGGGCAUCGUUCAACUCAAGACACUUACCGAGGCCCAUCGGCGCUUUCCUGUCCCACCCUUUGACGUUCGGCUCUUCGAAUCCCAAGACAGGCUUGGUGGCAUCUUUUCCAGUCAUACUUACGAAGAGGGAGAGCUGGUCUCGUCCAAGUAUCUGACAGCCUUUUCUGACUUUCGCGCUCGCAGCGAUGAUGACGAUUUCUUCGCUACCGAUCGCUAUCUCGAGUAUCUCGACGAUUACGCCACGCAUUUUGAGCUGUGGCCCUAUAUUCACUUGAAUACAUGGGUCAAGUCGGUUCGAAGAGGUGGCUCAAGGGAGCAUAUAGUCACUUACCGGACGUCGACUGGCGAGGAAGUUGAGUGGGAAUGCGAUGCCAUUGCAGUAUGCUCCGGUGUGCACGCUGCCCCAAAUAUUCCGGAUUUGCCAGGCAUCGAACAUGUGCCUGUCGUUAUGCAUUCCUCCGAAUUCAAGUCCCGAGAGCAGUUUGGAAAGGGGAAAACCGUCAUGGUCAUUGGAAGUGGAGAGACUGGUGCAGACAUUUCCUACUUGGCAGUGACUGGGGACACAGACAGAGUGAUUUUAUGUCAUCGCGAUGGUUGGCUCGGAGCGCCAAAGAGAGUCCCUGGUCAGCGAUUCCUGCCCUGGCUCUUUGGCUCCAAACCCUAUGAAUAUCCGCAGCUGCCUCUCGACGUAUCUCAAAUUACCUUGUUCGACUCCAUGUAUGUCCAUCCUAUUGUAAGAGACAGCAUGAUAAUAUGGAAUUAUUACCAUUUCGUUGCAUUGCCUGCCGGGUGUUGGCUCUGCGGCGGUUCUCCGUAUGGAGUCGACCAAUUUGUUGGACAAAUCUAUAGCAAACGAUUUCAUGCAUCACGAGUCUUCUUCAAUAAAGCCUGGCAGCGCAUCAGCAAUCAUGUCUCUACUCCCUGGCGGCCAACAAAGUGGCCUCUCGCGACUCGCAUUCGUCGCUUCUUCUUUAACACCGACAUCCCUCCCGUCUCGCGCAUAAUCGAAGUUGCACCGACUCCUUCUCACAUCUCCAAGGACGGCGUAGCACACUUCCCUCACAAUGGCCGUCCAGAGUCUGACCGCAUCAACGAAACCGUCGUCAAGCCAGACGUCGUCGUAUUUGCUACUGGCUACCUCCCAUCGUUCCCUUUCCUGAAUACACCCGACCACGCCAGCGGCAAGCCUUAUCCCACAGCAUGGGAUGCGGAUGUCAGGCAGAUCUGGAACUCAGAUGAACCGACCGUGGGCUUCAUUGGCUUUAUUCGUCCCGGGUUCGGCGCCAUACCGCCGCUAGCUGAAAUGCAAUCAAUGCUCUUUACCAUGAAUCUGAUAAAUCGGGUCCCUAAGCCGCUUAAUCCAGAUGAUGAGUGGCAUUACCGCAUCAUACAUCCCCCUGACGCGCGUGUUUUCUACGGCGUCGAGCAUGAUAGCUAUGCAUAUCAACUGGCAAAGGAUAUUGGUGCGGCACCAUCAUUCACAGAAGUGCUUAAACUAGCUCUCCGUACGAAAAGGGGCUGGAGAUUGCCAUACGUUUGGGCCGCGGGAGCAUGCUUCAAUACAAAGUUUCGCAUGACAGGUCCUUGGAAAUGGGAUGGAGCCGGCGAGGUCAUGACUGGCGAGUUAUGGGAGACUAUUCAGCGCCGCGAAGGUCUAUUCGGCAAUAUUCCACUCAGCAUCAUCCCAAUGAUGUAUCUUGGCCUCGUCAACCUCUCGUUCUUAUGGUACGCGCUCUUCUGGGGGCUCCUUGCGAAACUGCGCCUAGCACGGCCAAUAGUCAUUCGAAAUGAGCCGAAGCGAAUCAUGCAGGAGAUGGAACAGCUGCACCGCUGGGGAGAAGAACGAUGAAAUAUGAGUCCC